AUGAACCACCUCCUCAUCAUCAGAAGACCAGGAGAUGACCACCUCCCUCAUCAACAGAAGACCAAGGAGAUGAACCACCUCCUCAUCAACGGAAACCAAGGUGAUGAACCACCUCCUCAUCAACAGAAGACCAAGGAGAUGAACCACCUCCUCAUCCAACAUAAGACCAAGGAGAUGAACCACCGGCUCACAACAGAAGACCAAGGAGAUGAACCACCUCCCUCAUCACCAGAAGACCAAGGAGAUGAACCACCUCCUCAUCAACAGAAACGCAAGGAGAAGAAUCCAACCUCCUCAUCAAACAUAUGGACCAAGGAGAAGAACCACCUCCGUCACAUCAGAAGACCAGAGGAGAUGAACCACCUCCUCAUCAACAGAAGUCCAAUGAGAUGA